AUGAAUAAUUUUUCUUAUUUAUAUGUAAUAGGAGGCACACUAGUUGGAGUUACGUGUCUCUAUCUUCUGAAACAAUACAUCAAUGGAGGAGUCUGCAAAGUCAGGAAAGAUAUGACUGGGAAGGUAAUUUUGAUAACAGGUAUGACAUUCAUUCCUAUGUUAGGUGGCAAUGCUGGAAUUGGAGCAGAAGCUGCCAUAAAGUUAGGAGAGAUGGGUGCUGAUAUAAUAAUAGGUUGCCGAGAUCUUUUUAAGGCUUAGCAAAUCCUAGAUCAAAUAAGGUCCGAAUAAAGAGGGAAUUAGAGACUUGUUAUGUUGAAGCUUGAUCUCACUGAUCUUAGAGACAUCGAUUCUUUUGUUUAAUAAUUCAAAGCACUAAAUAUCUAGCAUAUCGAUGUUUUAAUAAACAACGCAGGAAUUAUGGCUCCAAAGGAAUACAAGAUUAGUAAACAAGGAUUCGAAAUUCAAUUUGGAACUAAUCAUAUUGGUCACUUUUACUUAAGUCAAAAAUUAGUAUUUGCUCAUAUUAAUUUAGCUACCUUUUUUAAAAAAUUCCUAAAAUCCGAGACUAGUGAAUGUUUCAUCGAUGGCUCAUAGAUCUAGCGAUGGUUUUGAUCUAAAUGAUUUAGAUUGUAACCGAUUUGCAAAUUCACCUUUAUGGUCCACAAGAUACACAAUGAAGGCAUACAGCUAUUCAAAAUUAUGUAAUAUCUUACACGCCAUGGAAUUUACUAAAAAAUAUGGAAUUCCUGCAUAGUAUCAAUCCGAAAUAACAUAGUUCACUUCACCCUGGAGUGGUCAGAACAGAAUUAUUCAAUGAACUCUAUGGAGGUUGGAGAAGAAUUGUUUAUUUUUUGAUUUACCCAUUUUGGUGGUACCUAACCAAAUCCCCAGAAUAAGGAGCCUAGACCACUUUGUACCUAUCAUUGGAAGACAAAGAAAAUUUGUAAGCUGGAGGCUAUUAUAAAGAUUGCUCUUUAUCAACUCCUUUGUUUGCUAAUGAACAAUUAGCAGCACAGUUAUGGGAUAAGACUAUACAAGUAUUAAAGGAGAAGCAAUUUGAUCUAUCAUAAUAGUGA